AGGUCGGAAGUAGGUCCAGUCGACAUUGAGAAGCAGAUCAGAUCACUAAACCUAUUGUGCUGAAUACAGUAAUCAUUUCUUCCAACUAUCAGAAUGAAGAAAAAACUGUUGGGUAUAUUAUGGAACUUAUUCGUUCACUAUCUUGCCCGGGCCCAAUCCAACGUGUUAGAAUGCGAGAAAGAAGGUUUUUCCGUAGUGCAAUCUACGAAUUGUGCUUCAUACUAUUACUGUGUUAUAAGUGCUAACAAUGAAUUCUAUCAAGUCCUUUACGAGUGCCCGGCUGGGCAAGGAUUUUCACUAGAAACACUCAAGUGCAUACCGGAAGAAGAUAAUGUAUGUGGAAAGAUCCCAGAAGUAUCGGGGGACGAUCCAAUACUUUUGGACGACUUUGAAUGUCCGUCACAAGGAAGAUUUCCAGUAUACAGUUCAAUUGAUUGUAAAGCUUAUUAUACGUGCCCCUCUAAUAUGGAACCAGUGUUGAACAGCUGCCCUUCGACGACUAUAUUUUCUUGGACUUCUAUGAAGUGUGUGAUGCCAGAAACGUACACAUGCCCAAAUAGCAUUGUUACGACAACUGAGAUUAUUACCACUUCCCUUGAUACAUCUUCAACAAUCACUUCGGAACCGUCUACUGAAGAACCAACACAAGAGUCGACAACUGUUAAUGCCAUCACUACUGAAGUAGCAACAGAAACUCCUGCAACAACUCAGGAGCCCACUUCAGAGGAAACAACUGUCCAAACAACAGUUUCAGAACAACAGACCACUACUGUUGGCAGCAGCAUCUCUGACGACAUCACUACAGUAGUGCCACCUUUUACGUGCACUGAAAGUGGAAGGUUUCCAGAACCAGAGUCUAGCGACUGUAAAAAUUACUACCUUUGUACUGUGGACUUGACUGGAACAUUCGAAGCAACAUUAAAUCAAUGUCCUUCCAUCAGUGUCCAAUUACAGAGUUUAUUGAACGAGAUAUUGUUGCGAAUCAGUGUCUUUGACCCCGAGAAAGAGAAAUGUGUUCAGCCAGAAGAUUACCUGUGCCUCCAAGAAGACACUACAACUGUGGAGCCCAGCACAACCGAGGUUGCAACUCAGUCCCCGACCAGCGAAGUCGAAACUUUUGUAUGUACUGGCUCUGGACGGUUUCCUGAUCCCACUUCAUCCGACUGCAAAGGUUACUACCUCUGUUCAGGUAAUGGAGAUGGAACUUAUGUAGCAGUUUUGAGUAGAUGCCCUACCAUUACUGUUUUCUCAUUGGAUAGUCUAAGGUGUGUCCUACCAGCUCAAUACCAAUGCCCAUUGGAAAUAACCAGUACACAGCCUGUUGAAUCGUCUACAGUGGAAGCCUCAACUGAAGCAGCGUCGACAACUGAUGCGGUUAGUUUUAUUUGCUCGAGUGUUGGCCGUCACCCUGAUCUAACUGACUGUACUAAGUACAAAUUCUGUGUGCAAACGGCGACAAAGGAGUUCUUGGAAUACUCUUUCAACUGUCCAGCCGGGACUUAUUUCGAUCCAACGGAGCUUCACUGCUCUAUGAGCUAUGUCUGUCCGUUUCAAGAAACCACAACUACAUCCGAAGCGUCCGAAAUCACUACGUCUUCUGUGGCGACUCCAUUCGUUUGUGCUUCCAGUGGACGGUUUUCCGAUCCAUCAUCUGUUGGUUGUGAAACUUACAUCACGUGUUCGAUUACAGCUACCGGCGAUUUUCUACAAUUCAGCUUCAAAUGUCCAAAUGGUUCCCUUUUCAGUAAAAAUGAAUCAAAGUGCAUAAACAACUACGUGUGUGUAGAAUAAGAGACAAUAAUGAAUAAAUAAUAUUAAAUCAGUAUUAUAGGAAUUUCUAGAAUCUUUAGUGGAAUAUGAAACAAGAAAGUAGAUCGAAUAUGUUACCUUUUUAAGUUAAAUUGUGUUGCUGAAAUAAAAUAUAAAAAAAUAAUUAAAUAUUUAAAAUAAAUAUAG